UUCAUUCUGGUAUUCAAAGGUCACCGUACGAGGCAAUGUUUGGAACAGAUAUGAGAGUUGGUUUGACUACACAUUUUCCUAGCGAAUCCGUUGAUAAAAUCAAUUCUGAAGAUGAUCUAGAAAUAUUUUUAAACAAUAUCAAUGUAGAAGAAGAUGUGAAUGCAAAAAAUAAUAUUCAAGUGGUGAAUGAAGCAUCAAAGGACGAAGGGUUGUGUGACUUAAUAUCUAUAAGACAGAAAUCAAUCGAUAAUAAUAGAAAAAAUUCUGAAAUUUGUUUGACAAAUCAAGCUGAAAAAAUGAAAUUUAGGUCUAUCCAUAAGUUUCCCCCAGCUAACGUCGGAGAUAGUGUGAGAGUCACUUUACCCGAUGUCGACAGAGGACGAGCAGACCCAAGAAAUAUUUUAUUUGCAGUUGUGGCUAUUGAGAACGAACAAUAUUUUAAACUUGGUAAUAAAUAUGGUACUUUGCCACAGUUAUAUACCAGAAACCAGUUUGGUGUUUGUCCGAUAUCAUUAAUACCGCUUGAUGAGGUGGUACCUAUAGAAAAACCAUUGAGGGAAAUCGCAAGUCUAAUAUCAGACGGUAGUGGUGGUCAAGGAUACAAAAGGUGUUCAUGCAAAGGUAAAUAUUUUGGAAGCUGUAGAAUGGAUUUUGUUGUUUGGGGUCUUAUUGGAUUCAAAUUAUCUAGGAGAAGUGCAAUAUGA